UACGCAAAACAGGGAAAGCCUAUAAAACUGCACAGAUAAAAUCAUUCAGAAAGUGCGUAAACCCGCAGAAAAGAAAAUCAUCACUGAGACCAUGGCAACGGCUCUUAACGUCACAAGGACACAAAUUGUACGCAAUGAAGGCGGGGACUCUAGAAAAUUGGAUACAGGUCAGGAUGGAAAACAAGGAAUGAGAAUACCAAGCGAGAAUUGCAAUCUGGGGCGCUUUUCUAUCGAUAUCCUAUUUGUAAGGGAAAUUGAUCCCAGUUCGAAUACGCUAUUAUAAUGAAGAAUAUAUUAAGGAGCCUAUAGUGCUGUUGCAGAGGGGAUUUAAAUGUAAUUUAUGUGCCAUCUCUAAGUCGCUGCGUCUAAACUAUUAGAGGGAUGAAUCUCCUUCCAGUCUGUGGAGGCCCCCCAUUCAUGACCGAUGGAUUACCCCGUGAACACUGCAUUACUCGGAACCAGCAACUCCACCGCUCCGGACAACACUACUGGCACGGGUUUAACGCUGCAAAUAGUUACCAUAGCACCGGCGUUACAAGGUAUUUUUACGCAGGCCAGUCUUGGAAACAUUACGGCCAGAGGCGAGGAGAACCAAGAACACAAACUUGUGCAGAACACUGAUGGGAAUUCGGUCCUCCGGGACAUAACGGUGGCAGCUCAAGCUUUGGUGCUUCUGGCCAUCUUCCUCCUUUCUAGUUUAGGAAAUUCUGCAGUAGUUAUCGUCAUUAUUAAACAUAGACAGCUGAGAACGGUUACAAAUGCUUUCAUCAUGUCCCUUUCAUUGUCAGAUUUUUUGACCGCAGUUCUUUGUUUACCGUUCUCGUUCAUGAUGCUUUUCAGCAAAGAUGGUGUGUGGAUGUUUGGAGACCGCUUCUGCGUAGCCAACGGGUUCUUCAACACAUGCUUUGGUAUUAUUUCCACACUGACAAUGACUCUAAUUUCAUUUGACCGGUAUUAUGCCAUCGUGAGGCAACCUCAGGAGAAGAUAGGCCGGAAAAAGGCUGUUCAGCUUCUGUUGGCUGUGUGGUUAACAGCGUUGUUUUUCUCCAUACCAUGGUACCUGGUGAUGCGAACAUCCAAGGAUCUAGUCGUCCAUAAAAGGGGCUUCUACCACUGUAUGUACGUAUUUCACUCUGGUACCUCUAGGAUGGGCACUUCAUACAGUAUAACUUUAAUAGCGGUCUGUUAUCUACUCCCCUUUGCGCUCAUGUGUUUCUGUCAUUACAACAUCUGUAAGACCGUUAGGUUGUCAGAAAUAAGGGUGCGGCCGGUGACUACAUACGCAUAUUUACUCCGGUUUUAUAGUGAGAUGAGGACUGCCACGACAGUGCUGAUUAUGAUCGUUUUUAUUAUAUUCUGCUGGGGCCCCUACUGUCUGAUGGGUAUUAUCACCGCAGUCGGGGAUUACUCCUUCAACCCCAUCAUGGACACAGUGGCCAUAUGGAUGGCGUGGGCAAACGGUGCCAUAAACCCACUGAUAUACGCAAUUAGAAACCCAAACAUUUCGAUGCUUUUAGGAAGAAGCCGAGAGGAGGGAUAUAGGACUAGAAACAUUGCUGCUUACCUAUCGACACAAACCCAAAGCAGGGAUGUCAGAACGAGGACCGACCGAAUUAGAGACCGGUAUGUUAGCAGGCAGGGUACAAACAGUUGGUUGUCUUCCUCCAGCCCCGCAAACGGAGGAGAGGUUGCGAUGUGGGCUUGCAAAAACCCCGCGGUGUUCUUCUGUAGGGAUGCUCAACCUGAUACGGUGUCCGAGCCCGCUGUACCAAAAGUUGAAUCUGCAGAUACCAGUCUGUGAUAACUCUUUUUCGUCAACAAAAAUGAUGGUGAAUGUCAAAAGAUUAAAGCCAUUUAAUACUUUGGCGGGGUGGUCUUUUGAUUAGUUAUAAGGGAUGAAGUGCCAACGCGCAAUUUGGCACUGUUACGCAGUGCCAAGCGCUCUACACACUGUGAUUGAAUAGUGCACUUUGGAAGCACAUCUACUGUGUAUAUAAAGGGAACAUUUGCCAGGUUAUUUUUUAACAAUUUAAGAAGAUUCUGAAAUAGUAAGAUACAAUCAUAAUGUCAUUUAAAUAUACUGUGGAUUAAAUGUAUUAUUUUAUGCCUUACUAGAUAGCCUACGUGUUUAUUCCGCAAACUUUGCUUGAUGAGGUUUGUGCUUUCUGACAAAAGGAAUCGAAAAAAGUUUAUAUAACUUUAUUUAGAAUAUUGUAUUUGUUUUUUAAAUCGAAUUUCCACCAAAUAAAUCCUAUGCUACAUCAUAAAUAAAAUGAAAUUAUAGGUUUCGAUUCCAGGUGAUCUUUGGUUCUGCCUUGGGCCUAAGAACAACCCUAUUUGGGUGUUUUUACCAACCAUUCAUGGGUUCUUAUGCCUUAUUGCUUAAAUAUUAGUAUUGACCAUACUUUGUGUCACAUGUUGCACCAGAAACAACUAAACCUAUUGGACAAUACUGAAGUAAAAAACUGGAUAAUUGCCAGUUGAGGCAAUUUCUUUUUGGGUUGAUGAUACAGAUCAUUUAUAAUUUUUAUGAAACCUUUACAAACAGUGAAUGUUUUAGUUAUUUAUAUGUUCAAAAUGUCAUAUAGGGCUUUGCUUGAACAUGAAUUGAAACAUAAAUUAUCCAUAAGUAGAACAAUGACAUGCAAGCACAAUAUUUUGUAUUUACCUGUAUUAAAAAAUGUAGCCUGUGUUUUGAAUACCAUAUUCAUUAAAUUAUCCAUUUUCGUUUUAGUAAUUUAACUGAAACUAACUUAUCCAGACUGACUUACAUUAAUGCAUUUAGUAAAUGUAAUAAUGAUAUUGCUUGCCAUACAAAUAAAAGUUUUGA